AUGUCGUCCCUUCUUAUCAAUGAUAAAGCUCUCCUUGUUGGUAUUAACUGGCACAUGUCUCUUCUCAACAAUGGGACUUUCGAUUCAGAUCUCGGUUUCGGUUCAGAUCACGAUUGGGAUUCUGAAAAGAAAACGGUUGAAAAGGAUACAAAAGCUUGCUGUCAUGAUGCUGCUCGUCGUUUGAUUCCGACACGUCGAGAAGGAAGAUGCAGCGCUUACAAAAUGCACCCGGGAUUCUUUGCCGAAAAGUUUCAUUACGAUUUCACGAAGAUUUUGAUUGAUCAGCAAACAUUCUCUCGGGGUGGAGCUCAUUACAUUCGCCCACUUGGGUCAAUGCGUUAUGCUCUCAAUGUUCUCGACAAAUAUGGGGACAAUACCUGGCUCGGAUACGUUGGGCGCCAAAGUGCGAACGGCUCUAUUGAUGGCGAAUGGCCAGUUGCUUAUCAUGGAACAACGGAUCCGCGUGCUGCUGAAAUUGUUCGUAGUGGUGGACUUGAUUUGGGGAAAGGAAAUCGCUUUACUUUUGGUUAUGGCAUUUACUGCACUCCUGAUCCAAAGACUGCGCUCUAUUAUGCAUCUCCUUACGAACACAAUGGAAAAAACUACAAGUUGAUUGUACAGGCUCGUGUCGAUCCAUUUCAUCGUGAAAUUGUGCCCAAGUCUCAACACGGUCUUGCUGGCCUUGAUGAUUACUGGAUUAUCAAGAAAAAUGAUGCCAUUCGUCCAUAUGGAAUCUGUGUCUUUCCGUGU